CUGUCACGGCCCCCACUAUGAGCCCUACACCUGGGCUAUUGGCAGGCGAGACACUAGGGAGGAUAUCUGGAGAGCGGGAGACUCAGAUUGGAACUUGGAACUUCCCUCUCUCAAGGAUCAGUCAGUUGGUCAGUGGUGCACACACGAUACAGUCGUCUUGCCUGUGUCUCGUUGUGGAUUCGGUGCAUCUUCCUUGGUGAACCUGUGUGUGU